AUGGCUUCUUCAAGGCAUUUUAUAUCUCCGUUUAUACCACGCAAUCAAAAAGAAAGACGACAAGGGGAGAAGAAAACGGAUUCACGACAUAGUAGCCUCGUCAACAUAUCUGACUAUCUACAUCGAGAAUUAAUUGAUCGUCAACAAUUGACACCGCUAGCUCCACCAGAGCGAUCGCUGCCACGUACAGGACGAGAUACAUCGUCACUUCGCUCUGUUACUACACUUCUUCCUGAUGAUAAAGAAAUUCGCCUUGUAUUGCUGGGCAAAACCGGAAGUGGUAAAAGUUCAUUGGGUAACUUAUUAUGUGCAUUCACACGUGAAGAAGAACAAUUUGAAGCAGACAAUUUAUCGGAUUCUGUUACUGAAAAAUGUGCUAUUGGUCGAACUACUUUUCAAGGAAAAACUGUCGUAGUAGUGGAUACGCCUGGUUUCUUCGAUACAAAAGCUCGAACUCCAAAAGAACGGAAAAGACUUGUGAAAGAGAUAACGAAAUCUAUACAAGCAUCGUUUCCCGGUCCACAUGCAUUUCUUAUUGUGGUAAAACUUGGUAAAUUUACAAAAGAAGAGCGAGAAUCGGUCGCACAAGCCAGUAAAAUAUUUGGACAAGAUAUAUUGAAGCACUGUAUUGUUGUUUUUACGGGAAAAGACACUUUAGGAAAGAGAACCUUGGAUCAAUGGCUUGAGAAAGCAAAUGAAGAAUUAAAAGAUUUUCUUAAGGCGUGCGGACAACGUUAUUUAGCUGUUGAUAAUCUGAAAUUGAAUGUGGAAACGGAACGACAAAAAAUGGCCGAAGAAGUUUUGGGAAAAAUAAUGGACUUGAGGAAGGAAAAUAACGAUGCUGUUUUCUCAAGUGAAUUUUUGAACAAAGCCAACAAUGAGAUUAAAAAGAAUAAAGAAACCAUUGGAAGAAUGAAACUUCAAAAUGAAUCUACAACAGGAGCUACUGGUGCAGAUGCCACUAACUUGACGAACAGAUCUGCUAUUGAAGUUAUAUCAGACGAUGAAGUAAUUCCACAAGUCGAAGCAAUAGUUGAACAACAGAUUAUGCCUAUAAUAACGCUUUCCUAA